UUUUUUGUUGUGGAGGAGUAAUUAAAACCGGCUCUCGGCUCUUUUCGUUUCGAGAAACGAUUAAUGCCGAAGUCACUCGGCACUCUCCGUAUGGAGGCGCGAUUACAGCCGAUUCCCUGCUCUGCGCUCGCGACUCUGGCACAUCACUCAUUAAGCGUUGUUUUGGUCUCGACCUAUCCUACUUACAAGCGCUUUUCUCUCCAACAAGAAAAUGGAUACCGCUAACCAGAUUGUGACACUUGGGACAUUCCAAGUUCUUAAAUUACCUCUGGGAUUCAUCCGCGUUCUGGAAUGGCUUUUUGCCAUCUUUGCAUUUGCAACAUGUGGAGGUUACUCUGGGCAACUGCGGGUUAGUGUGGACUGCAUCAACAAGUCCGACAGCAACCUCAGUAUUGGCAUCAACUUUGCUUACCCGUUCAGGUUGAACCGGGUGGAUUUUGACGUGCCGAUGUGUGAGGGAAGAAGGCAAGAGCGGCUUUACCUGAUUGGAGAUUUUUCUUCCUCCGCAGAGUUCUUCGUCACCAUUGCUGUCUUUUCCUUUCUCUACUCCCUGCUUGCCACAGUGGUCUACAUCUUUUUCCAGAACAAGUACCGCGAAAACAACCGCGGACCUCUCAUUGACUUCAUAGUGACGGUGGUGUUCUCAUUUGUGUGGUUAGUGAGUUCAUCUGCAUGGGCAAAAGGGCUUUCAGAUGUGAAGACUGCAACUGAUCCAGAUGAGGUGGUUCUGCUCAUGUCUGCAUGUAAGGUGCAGACAAACAAGUGCAGCUCAGUGUACGGACCCAGAUGGUCUGGCCUGAACACAUCUGUGGUAUUCGGCUAUUUGAACUUCGUACUGUGGGCUGGAAACAUCUGGUUUGUGUUUAAAGAGACUGGAUGGCACAAGGGAGGCACAGCAAGGUACCCUGCCUCGUCCUCAGAAAAACAAGCCACGGCCUUCAACCAGCAGGUCUACAACCAGGGAAGCUUUGAUCAAUCAGGAGCUGCUUUUACUGGAACGGGGGAUUUCGCCCAAUCAGAGUACAGCCAGGUGGGAAAUUAUGCUUCAAGUGGGCCCGUCUCCUACACCAAUCAGUAACCCCAUCUGCCUCUUUGUAAUCCCCUACUACAGGGGGGGACCCAUUUCUAAGGGCAAAGUUCAAACAUUGAGCACCAGAGAGGAAGGAAGAGAUUAGUUUAACGGAUAUAUUAAAAGUACAUCCUUUAUUUCUGAUUAGAUAAAUAACUAAAGGCUUGUUUGUCCAUAAUACUAAUAUGUUUUAAAAAUGAAUGAAAGGGAUCCUCAGAUGUACUGAAUGGUUUUUCGACUUCACCUCUCUGU